AUGCCCCCGACAAAUUUUACUUCUACACCAGGGUCCCUGGCAAAGCGAAGAAAGCCUUCCGCGGAUAUGCCGACGGAACUUGAAAAUUCCAGUGAAAAGCUGAACCAACCCACAAGAGCCCUCAGAGCGUGUGACGGAUGCCGAAAGCAGAAGACACGAUGCUUCAAAACCUCUCCUGUGGCAGUAUGCUGUAUACGCUGCCUUAGUGUUGGAGCCGAAUGUUCUUUCGAGAAAGCCUACAAAUCAGCAAAUCCUGGGGUAAAGAUCAUAGGAGGGAUUCCCGAACACUUGACGGAAAAUCUGACCGUAGAGGUUGUUUCUUCGGGAAGCCACGAUUAUAUUGAUCUGCGAGGGUUUGACUUUACAGAUCGUCGCUCGGCUCAGAAGCUCGACUUUCUAUGCGGGUCAGUCUCGAGGAUUUUGGAGAUUCUACAGGAGCAAAACGAAGCUCAUGGAUCAGGAAUGAACAGCGACGUAAAAUUGCUUUUGGAUGCUGCGUCGUCAAUGAAGCAGCACAUCAAACCGCAAAACGACCUGUCUUCGUCAUCUGAUCCUUUGGUUGAUACGCCUGCUGUUGGACCUCUGGAUGAUAACAAUGGCGACGAGGAAUCACCCAGCAUUAUUCUAGGCCCAUCAAAGACAUUCACAACUUCUCCAUUCAAUCUUGUUGCAAAUCAGCCAGAGACAGCUUCCAGACCGAUCUCCAAUCUUCUCAGGCUAAGAAGCCUUGGGAAACCUCCGGCAAUUGUGCAAAGUGAUCCAGAUGUUAUCGAUGCAGGGAUCCUUACGAAGCUAGAGGUAAUAGAUCUCAUGAAUGAUUUCAGGAGCAAUUAUGGAAGAUGGGUAUCGUUUCCAAGUGAACUUUCUACAAGCGAGUUGAUCGAAAGCGUUCGCCAGAAGUCUCCUUUUCUCAUCACCACGUGUUGCUGUCUAUCUCUUCGAUACUCCCUCAAUGGAAAACCCAAUCCGGGCGACAUUGACAGCCACCGCAGAAAAAAAAUGACGUACAAACUACUCAUUCGUCAUUUGCUCAGAGACCUCAACAAGGUGUUGCUUAAACUAUCAUGUUUUCAGGGUUGUGAAGACUCUAAGGGCGACAUAGAGAACCUUCAAGCAAUGGUGAUUUUGUCCAUAUACGCAAUGUCCUUAUCGUCAAUCGCUUGCAGUACUGUUGAUGCCGACCCACUACUCGAUGACGAGCUCAGUAUAAAGGAAUUGAACAUGGACUCAUGGUGCCUCUCGGGGACGGCUUUGACAGCUUUCAUCUCGAAAUCGACAUUUGGCACGUUGCUUUAUCAAAGCGAAAAUGCAACACCAGAUUUUACUUUUUUGUUUAAUCGCUUUGACCCCGCCGAGUACCAGACACUAACCAUGUUUCGCAUUUACAACCAUCUUAUACUCAACCACUUAGCUAGCUGUUUGUUUAGCGGACGCAUGUGUAUUAUAGACCAGAUUAGACUAAGCUAUUGCAACUUAGCCUUGAGCUUGCCGAGCGCCACUAAUUUUGAUGGCAGAAUGGUCAGUGAGAUUGGCAUUUUAUUGAUCACAUAUAAUUAUCUUCAGCUUGAUACAUCUCCAAGGAACACUGACCAAGUCGAGGCAUCGUACUCUUCAGUGAUGGAAGAGAUCAAAAGUUGGUAUGAACAAUGGGAAUAUUUGUUUUCACAGCCUGCUGUUUCUUUUGUCGAGUCUACACUUUCCUUUUGUUGCAUCCUCGUACACCUAAAUUAUACCUAUGACAAGGUUGCUCUCACAAACAAAAAGUCAUACCAAGCGUACCAAACUCCAAUUGACAAUCUUUCAAAUGUCGUUGGGGACUGCGACAGAGUACGCUUAGGUCGGAUUAUAUCAAGCGCCUAUUAUCUUGUGGAGUUUGCAGAGAAAAUCGAGAAUGACUCCUACUAUGCCUACCUUUCUGACCAAAUCCAUUUUUUCUUUUACUUUGGCUGCAUAGUCUUGCUCAAGUCUUUAAGUCACCUAAAAGCAAGCAAAAGGCUCUACUUUCUAGAGGAUCAAGAGGAUCUAAAAGAACUGUCCUGGAAAGAUGCCCUUGUGAAAGCUUAUCUGCUAAUAGAGAAGCUUUCAAGGAUCUGUCAAGAAAACCCAAGUGAUUUAUUAACUUCUUAUAGAGAUGGACUACUACUAACCUUGCAGCAACAUUUCCCAAAGGAGCUGAAGGAUUUGAUCGAAUGA